UGACUGUGAAGCUCUAAAUGGAGUUGUUUAACUUUUAUUUACAAUGCUACCGAAUGAUCUUAUUUUGUACCAAUAAAAUGGUACAAAAUGGCUCCAACUCUGCUACAGAAGCUAUUUAAUAAAAGGGCAAAUGCGGCAUCGCCUUCGAAAAAUUCCAAGGAGGGUCCGGGGUUUAGCUGGACACUUGCAGAGUUUCAAGUUAACCAGAUUCGACUGAUUGUUUACCAGGAUUGUGAAAGGCGAGGUAGACAUGUUCUUUUUGAUUCUAAAGCGGUGCACAGAGUUGACGGUGCCAAAGUGCAGAAAACUUCGGAUGAUUUGUCCAAAUUGCAAGGAAAAUGUUGCCAUACAAGCAGCAGCGGCAAUUGCACCCAAAAUUCCUCAUCUUCCAGUGCUUCAAACACAAAGGAGCAUGUGCCUAGAUAUCAGUAUUCCCGACCUGCUUCUGAUGUCAAUAUGCUUGGAGAAAUGAUGUUUGGCUCUGUUGCAAUGAGUUACAAAGGUUCUACGUUGAAAAUACAUCACAUUCGCUCUCCCCCUCAGUUGAUGAUCAGUAAGGUUUUCUCUGCCAAGAUGGGAACCGCUGGUGGAAGUUCAAACAUGCUGCAUGACAGCUUUGAAUAUAUCAACCAAGAAAACUUUGCUGGAAAACCUUGUCCUGGUCAGAAUGGUAGCAGCAAUAUCCAUGCUUGCAAUAACCUAGGUCGGUUGGUGGUUUGUGGCAGCAAACUGCUGUUGUGUCCCACUGAUCCAGGACCGCUCCACCUCAUCAGGAGCGCUUCUUUCUUUGCAGCUCAUAGUACACCAGUAGACAUGCCAAGUCGAGGUCAAAAUGAAGACGGAGACAGUGGUAUAGCAAGAUCAGCUUCCCUGAGCAGUCUUUUGAUUACACCACUCCCCUCUCCAAAUUCUUCCUUUUCCACUAAUUGUGCCAGUAGUUUUCAACGGCGCUGGCUGCGCAAUCAGACCACCAGCCUUGAAAAUGGCAUUCUUCCCAGAUGGUCGGCUGAGGAAACAUUCAUGAUGGCAGAUGAGAGCUAUACUUGCAACCCGCAGAUGGUCCGGAGAAAGAAGAUUGCAAUCAGUGUUGUUUUCUCCUUGCCCGAGAAGGAAGAGGAGAACAGAACUUUUCAGGAGUUCUUUUUCUCUCACUUCCCCCUAUUUGAGACUCACCUGAACAAGCUGAAGACUGCUAUUGAGAAGGCAAUGAUCUCUUCCAGAAAGAUUGCCGAAUCUAGUCAGAGGGUGCAAGUUUACAUCAGCCGGGUAAUGGAGGGCCUGGGAGAAUUCAGGACCACAAUAUACAAUCUUUACUCUGCACCAAGGAUCAUUGACCCCGCUUGGCUUACCAUGAUGUUUAAUACAUCAGAAAAGAAAAAGCUGUGUCAUCGUUUUGUCAGAGAUUUUACCUUGCUGAUAGAGCAAUUAACUAAGAAUCAGUUCCUUUCAGCUUUGCUGACAGCUGUGCUCACAUAUCACCUGGCCUGGGUGCCCACAGUUAUGCCAAAUGACCUUCCGCCUAUAAAAACAUUUCAUGAGAAACACGCAUCACAGAAUGUGAAUUUACUGGGUAAAUCACAUCCAUACAAUCCUCUCUGGGCUCAACUUGGCGAUUUAUAUGGAGCAAUUGGCUCACCAGUGAGGCUCACCAAAACUGUGGUAGUUGGGAAGCGUGGAGAACUCGUUCAGCAACUACUUUAUGUCCUUAGUUACUUCAUACGAUGCUCAGAUCUUCAGGAGAAUGAGAUGCUAUGGAACAGCAAGCUCUUGGAAAGUGAGACUGCCCAAUCAGGAGCCGUGAUCAGCACUAUACUGGAGAAGGGAGAAGUGGAAGAAUCUGAAUAUGUAGUAGUUACUGUCCAUAAGGAUGACCCUGGUCCCAAGACUCCAGUUCAGUCUCUGACAAAUGCUGGACAAAGAAAUGCUGUAAUAAAAGACAAGCACACUAGUGUAGAUUUAGGUCUCAGACCUAGCAGCAGUGGAAAUAGUGGAAAUACUGAACUUGAUACGUGUGAGAGCCAGACCUCUGGACAGUGCUGUAGAGUACCUUCAGCUGAAGAUGAAACCAAUCUGGACAAUACUGUCAGUUUAAGAGCGAUUGCGGUGCCAGUUCAGGAAACCAAGGUGCAGUCAGUGAGAGAUACGGUUGCGUGUAAUGAUGAGGUACACACACUUGGGCAUGAGGCAGUUGGGCAGGUUAAAAAUUCUGAUUUGAUGCCAUUAGGCACAGUUAAGUUGGCGCCAGCAAAAAAAUCUCCAGAUUCCAGUGCCAGUACGGGCAUAAAUUGUCCAGAAAGGCCCCUUCAGAGGAGCCCACUCCUACAAGACAGAGUGAUGUUUCAACUUGGCUGCUCUUUUUCACCUGAUUCAGACAUUGACACUAGAAGGAAGGUGGUGGAGCGAAAUAUUGAACAUCAAGAUGGAGAAAACAGUACUGAUGUUCCCAUACCAAAUGAUACUGCUUUGUCAGAAAUUGAUGGUUUCCGUCAACCUGUUGUGGACCAGCUAGAAGUAACUGAAGUUGCAGAAAGGGUGGAGGCAAAGAGGCAGCAUCACCUUUCAAGGGUUCCUUGUGAAAAAAGUAUCUUGGAAUGUUUCACUGAGGACAAUAGUAUUGAAUCAAGUACACUAAGAGAACGAACCACCAGGGUUGCUUGCAGCAACAAAACAGAUGCAGCGGCUGAAUCCUCUGUACCAAGUGGGCAAAAUGAUAAAGAAAUGGUUGAAACAAUGAGGACUUGUAACAUGAAAACUACUUCUGUUAUGGUUAUCUCUAGUUCUGGUGAUCAGGACUGUCAAGACAGAAUCAUUCCCAACAUCCCCUAUGGGGAAAAAGAGGAUUCUGGGAAGAAAUCUACACUACGGAUAGAUGGUGACAUUCCUCGAAAUGAAAGUUCUGACAGUGCCCUUGGAGACAGUGAUGAUGAAGAGGGAUCCCAUAAUCCAUCGAAACAAGGACUUGAAUGUUGUAAUGAGACACAAGCUCGGGUGGCAAAGUUUGAACUUCCUGCACCAAGCGUUAAAAUGAACAGCAAGCCAAGUCUCAAUAACUUUGGAAAAUCCUUGUUUGGUGGCUACUGUCCACAGUAUGUCCCAGAUUUUGUUUUGCAUGGAAUUAAUUCAGAUGAGAAGCUGAAACAUUGUUUAAUGGCAGAUUUGGCUCAUGCUGUGCAGCAUCCUGUUUUAGAUGAACCCAUUGCAGAAGCCAUCUGCAUUAUUGCAGACACAGAUAAAUGGUCAGUCCAAGUGGCAACAAGCCAGAGGAAGGCGGUGGAUAACAAACUUGGCAAAGAAGUACAGGUCUCUAACUUAGUGUCCUGCCUCCUGCAGUCGAUUCUUCAACUGUAUAAACUACAGCUUCCAGCUGAUUUUUGUGUAAUCCAUCUUGAGGAUAGACUUCAAGAGUUGUAUUUUAAAAGUAAGAUGCUGUCUGAAUACCUCAAAGGCCACACUAGAGUCCACGUAAAAGAACUGGGAGUGGUGCUCGGAAUUGAAUCAAGUGAUUUGCCUCUCUUGUCUGCAAUAGCAAGUACUCAUUCUCCUUCUGUUGCCCAGAUACUCUUAUGAACUGAAACCUCAAAAGCAGUUGACCGGAAGGGACAAAAAGAAAUGGACUGAGCAUUGGAUGCUGUAAAGUUGGAAAGUUUUGUUAUGUGUAUUUACUUCUCAAUGAGAAUGAUGACUGGAUCAGAGCUGAAGUAUGCAUCCAAUAAGCAGUGCAAAUAUUCCAUCACUUUUCAGACAUUUUGUGACAUGCACGAGUGUCUCUCAGUGAGGAAUUUUAAUAACUAAUGCUUGGAGUUUUUUUUGAGAGUCAAAUUCUAAAAGUUGCAAUUAAAAGCAUGUAUUUCAAACAAAACCAGUUAUUCAAAAAAAAACACGGGCCUGGUUGACGUGUCUUGCUUUUACUGUGCUUUAACUUUUGAAUCAGUUCAACAAUUGCCUUAAUUGGUGCAUAACUGAGUGUUAGAACAACACAUAGCAUUCCUGUUCAGAAAUGCCUACAAUCACAUCUGUUAAUUCUACAUUUCUGAAUCACAUUGUCUUGCAAAAAAUAACAAAGGAAGUAGAGUUUGAGCAUUUGUCUGUUUACAUUGUACAAUAGUUUGACAACUUUUUCAUUUAUAUGUACGCCUAUUCAAAGGGACAAAGGCAUUUUUUAAAUGUUUGUGUUAUCUUUAAAUGAGUGUCUACGAUGAUUUAUAAUUUUAUGCAAGUUAACAUUCUUGUAUUAAUUGAGCAGGAUGUUGGAACUAAUAUUGAUAUCAGUUUUGUACAGAAAAUUCAAUGAAACUUUUGCGUUGUAAAGAAAUGUAUGAUGUUGAAUGGAGUGAGGGAAGGGAUGAUUUGUAAUCUGGUGUGUUAUAUACAUACAGUAUGGAGUGGGCUAGUGAGAAUUGUGUUAGAAACUUCUUGAUUAAAAAUCUCUCCAAUAAUGUAACAGCGAUUUAACAAACAGCUGGGUAUAUCUAAGCCAGCGUUGUUCUCUGUGGAACAGAAUACCAAGCUCACUGGUGCAUUACGUAUGUGAAAUAAUGUUCAGAGGACUUUUGAGAUGAUCUCUCUCCCAUUUUAUUUUACUGUGAAGGACCAGCCAAGUACAAAAAAAACUGUUUUACAAAUAGUAACUUUUCAGAUAAUUACUGGCUAGUGAAACUUCAUUGCAAGAAGCAAACUGCUGGGGGAACUCAGUGGGUCAGGCAAAGAUGUAGUCAACAUUUUGCGUCAAGACCCUGCAUCAGAACUGAAGGAAGACUUCUUCCUAGUUUGUUUUUCGUUCUAGGUGACAGCAUCUAUGGUCACUUGUGUCUUCAGAGAAAUCUCAUUAUUCUGUCCCACAAGUGUAACGAGGAAAUCACCUCCUCAUAGUUUCUGUGAAAAGGCUAAAUAUUGAGUGCAACAUUUUUAGUUUUGUUCUGGCUGUGGGCAGGGGUCCUAUAAGUAGAUUUCUAUUACACUCAAUGUUAUUACAAUUGAUUAUAUUUAACAAACUACAAGUAGAAUUAAUGGAAAGAAUUCAAUCAAAUUUUGAAACAAAUAUUGGUGCUUUAUUUUACUGUUCAGGUACUUUAAGCAGUUAUAAAGCUGGUACAGUAUUUCCUUCCGGCAUAAUAUUAUGGGAAAACUGGAGGUUUUUGGAAAAUCCAUGGAAACUAGAAAUGCAACAGGUUUUUAAAGUCUGCAUGUUUAUUCUUGGACAGUUAUGGGCAUCGUGCCCGAACCUACUGUCGCUAGGUAAAGGUGAAAUGGAUUUGCCCUCAAAUUUUCAAAUGGUGUUUUGAUAAAACAGGGAAAUCUGAGAACCCUUGUGCUGCUGGUUGAGAACAAAUCAGCAUUUAACUUUUCUUACCACAAAUACUCGUAGGUUGCCAAUAAGAACAGCUGCAGAUCUAAAAUUUUGCAAUUGAGUAAACUACAAAAAAUACUGAAUAUAUUCCAGAUGAAGUUUAACCCCUUUUAAAAUCUUCUGCAGUGAUGAAGGGAUCUGAUCAUUUGUAAUCUGCAUUGCAAACAUCUGGAAAUUCACAUUACUUUGGUCCAUAACUUGUUAUGCAUCAAGGCAGUGGGAGGUGUGUUAUCCAGCAUGUUUUUUUUUCCCCCUUAUGCUUCAAGCCCAUGCUGUUUUGUGACUUGCACAACAGGCCCAUAGCUGUUUUCCAGAAAUCCCACCAUAGCUGUGGUGGAAAGUGAAAUACACGAGGAGUCAUGUCAUCUUAAAAUAGAUAAGUUACAACACAGACAAAACCUAGAUGAGGUUGCAGCCACUUGACUUAAAGAUUAAUAUUAGGAUUUACUGCAUAAGCUGAGUUAUUAGUGACCACACGUUUUGAUUCUUUGGUAGAAGAACUCAGAGAUAAAAAGGAAUUUGUUCCUAUUGAGUCAUGCAUCUAAAUCUUGUCACUGAAUCACUUUGGCACCCUAAUACAUUCUGUUUUGAAUACCAACACAGUUUAUUCUCUUUCCUAAUAUAGAUUUGAGAGUGAUUCACCCUUUCUAGGGAGGCAGCUCAGAAAGCUGCUGUGAUUUUAGAUAUCUUGACAAGCUGACCAUUUUUUUUGUGGAGAAAAGUAGAGUAUCUCUGCUGAAUUCUCAACGGUGCAAGUUAAUUUGAAAACUAAUUUGAAAUAAAACAACAAAUGGUCAGGCAGUAUUGGUGAAAGGAGGACAGUUAACCCUUUUGCUGCAGAUCUUUUGUUAGAAUUAGGGAAGUGACAAAGCUCUUAGAAACAGAACAAAAUUCCUUGAUAUUCCAUAACUUUGGCACAAUAGUUGUAGUCACUAACUUGAGCUGCUGUUGACCCUGCUCCUAAAAUGUUGCUUAGAUAUUUGAUCUGUAAAUUCACAAACUUAUCGGAGCAGAUUCUGGACAAGCAUAGAGUUUGCCUGGGAAGAUCAAAAUCAUCAAUAAUGUGCUGACUCUGCUGAAGAUGUUUCUUAUGGUAUUAUUUAGUGGCCUGGCAUAUUUCCUGAUCCUUCAGUGUCCUAUGUUGACACUUCAAUGUUUUUUAAGUUCAUCAGACUUAAAACUUUCAGAUCAUCUGAAUUUAAAUGUUAGAAGGAUAAAUUGCAUGAGUAUCUUAAUUCCUUUUUAUCUGUCAGCAUUGGCCAUUAUAUUGUAUAAAUUAAUUUCUGGGUAACUGAAGAAUACAAACCAAUGACCAACAUACAAGUAUCCGGAAAUACUGUACCAGUAGCGAAAGGUUUAGUUUUCAGUUGCUGUUAAUAUUCUUCCAGUCUAUAUUUUAAAAACUCGAGCUGUAGGAGUAAAUGUAUGUACUUAAUGAUUGCACUCGUAUAUGAAUGCCUUGAUUUGUCUCUUAUUGCUGUAGUGUAGUUGACGCAGAGUUUGUAUUUUCAUUGUUCAAUCUGUAAGAACACUCUGUAACUUGCAAUAGUGAGAACAAUAUUUUGGGGAAUUUUCAGUAUCUUCUGCUUAGAUUGUUUUCAAUUCCAGAUGAGAUGUGCUUACCUUAUUUAUGUUUGCAUCUUAAUGUUACCACUGUCCUGCUUCUCAAGUGAAACAAGUGCUGCAGUUACUCUGCGCAUUGCUAAAUUCUCAUUGUGAAUUUAAUUGGCUGGGGUUUAGCAGGCUUUGCUACUCUAUAAAUGUCAAAGCUUAAUCUCAAUGCAUCAGUGUUCGAAUAUGGAGAAGCUGAGAAGCCUAAAGACUUUCAUAAAGCUAUUUUUUUAAAAGAAAACACUGAAGUACAUUUCUAUUUUAAGUGGGAAUUUGAACUUGCUGAAAAUUUCUGAGAAAUGCUACUUGUUAAAACUACCUCAGUUGGCUGACAGGAAUCCAAACUUCCUUUAUGUUUGCAAUAUCUUACCUUCCGAAAUUCGUCUGUUUUUUUUAAUUUGCUACAAAAAAAUUCCUAAAAUGAUAUGUGGCAUGAUGAGAAUGUUUUAAUUAUGCUAAGCAUAAUUUUUGGUGUAGCUUUUCUGUUGUGAUAUCUUAAAAUUUGUGUUGAAUGGAUUUUACAAACACUGGUUUGCAUGGAAGAUAAUAGUUCUUGAAUGUAACUUUUUAGUACAAAUGGCUGACAAAGGUGUUCCUUAAUUUGUUAUUGUUCAUAUCAUUGUUUAACUCUUCACGUUCUUUACACUCUUGAAAUCCUGUACCAAUCCCAGCUAGUUGCAUUUUAUUCUAGUAGCUAUAUGAUCAGUGAAACAAAUGGGUAACAUUCUAUAGUACUUAAUGUUGAUCUUUUACUUCAGUAUUUUGACAUUUUUAGCUGUCAAACAAGACUUAAAGCCAGUUCCUGUCCAUUGUUUAAAUCAGUAACAAUGGAAAUUUGAGACAAAUUCUGAAAUCCUGCAGCUUUAAGAAAAAAUAACUUGUGUAUGGUACAGAAUUAGAAGUUUCAGAUUAAAAUGUAAUUGGAUUUUUCAUGUCCAGGAAACUUCUACUAUUUACCAUGUUGUUGUUGUUAUCUCUUCAGUUCUAUGAUGGAUUGAAAAGGAACAUUUUCAUGCAAAUGUCAAUGUAUCAUUUUGAAUCUUUAUGUGCAAUAAAGCAUUGAAUAUAAUUUGUUUUUGGUAAUUUGAUAGCAUGUGUUGUCUUCGGAGUGGAAUGCAUUUGGUUUUCAUCAAUCUUGCUACUCAUUUUUGAGUUGUGCUUUGUGUAUCAGCGUGAUACGGGAAGCUCACGUUCACCAGCUUUCCACGGUAUUUUGUUCUUCAUCCUUUGUGUGCUCUGAAAAUGUUGGGUUGUCUAUGU